AAAGUUCCAAGGAACCACCACGUCACUUCGAACUGAAAAUAGUUAAUCCAUUCAUUUACAUUUAAAUAACAAGGAAAGGAGGAUGCCUAAUAGAUUUGAAUGUCAACAAUGCGGUGCAUCAUUUGCUAAAGUUGGGAUGUUAAUCAAUCAUCGUCGACAAUUUGGACAUAAGGAUACUUUUCCAUGUACAAUUUGUCAGAACACGUUUGGCCGAAGGGAUAAUCUAGAUCGUCACAUGCUGAGACAUCGGGAUGGGUCUUUAUUCCAAUGUAAAACAUGCGGUCUAUUGUUUUCAAGAAUUGACAGUCUACAACGUCACACAGAAGAAAAACAUACCCAGACAGGAGGAGGAUUAAAAAGAAAAGCCACGAAUGAUGGAAACCCAGUCUUCAAGCGACACGUAACAAGGAAAGACAAUACGGAACAGUUUUAUGACCUACGUGUACUGUCAACUCAGCCUAUACCUAAAUUCAAUACCACAACGACUCGUUACAAAGUAUCAUUCAAAGAAUUAGAAGUGCAGGAUUUACCACAGAUUUUGAAAACUUUACGACUUUUGUUUGGAUCUAUUAUCAAUAACAUAACAGAGUUUAUGCAAUCAACAGAUCUUAUCCGAUUGUCAGUUCAAUGUCCUGAGUUGGACUUUCCUAUAACAAUACCGUUUAUGAAAGUAUCUCAAUUGUCCGUUGAAACAUUACUACGUGAAAUAGAGAGGGUAUUGCAGUCGUAUGAACAAUUUGUAUUGGAUGAUUCACUUGAAAUAGAGAUGACACACGUUGAACUCCCUGUUGGUGGUACAAGAAAUCAAGGAAAAUAUGUUGAUCUGGAGCGAUUUAUGAAAACUAAGCAAUGUAUUCUUACCAUACGAAAUAGAGAUGAUCUAUGUUGUGCCAGGGCAUUAGUUACCGCAAAAGCAAACCUAGACAAACAUGAAAAAUGGAACAGUAUUCGUCAAGGCAGAAAAAUUCAAGAACAUCUAGCAACUGAUUUACAUACUCUUGCGCAUGUUCCCCGGCAUAAAUGUGGAAUAGAAGAAAUCAAAAAGUUUCAAGCAAUGAUGCCAGAAUAUCAAAUACAUGUUGUUUCAAAGGAACACUUCAAUGGAAUCAUAUUCCAAGGACCAGAGGCAGAAAAAAAAAUUUAUUUGUAUUUUCACGAUGAACAUUUUGAUGUGAUUACUAGUAUGCCUGCUUUCUUAUCCCGUAGUUAUUAUUGUCACACAUGCAAAAAGGGAUACCAACAUAAAGAGGAACACCGUUGCAAUAACAUCUGUACAUCAUACCAUAAAAUUCAUGAAAAAAAAGAUGACAACUGGCUAUACUGUAACGACUGUAACCGUCAUUUCAAUGGUGAAGAAUGCUAUAGACUACAUGCACAGACUACCAGGAAAGGAAACUCUACAUGCAAAUCAUACAUUAGAUGUAAGAUUUGCAGUCAAACUAUUAAUAAGAAAAUGCAUAAAAAAGAACAUAUAUGUGGUGAAAUAUAUUGCAAGACUUGUAAAGAUUUCUACGAAGUUGGACAUCUCUGUUUCAUGUUGCCGGUUGAAGGUGACAAGUUUACAGAAAACAAUUUAAACGACGAUAUGAGCACUGUAGAUGAGGAUGACACCAAAAACCAAGUUUAUAUUUUCUUCGAUUUCGAAUGCACUCAAGACGAUCUAGUUGAAUGUGAGGACGGGUUUAAACCAGAACGAGACACCUCGAAAUGCAGGAAUUGUAAAAAAACUAAAUGUGGAACUUACGAACACAAACCAAACUUAUGCGUUGUACAACAAGUAUGCUUAGAGUGUUUAAAAGAGGAUCUGACACCACUUAGUGUGUGUGAAAAUUGUGGAAAGAAUGAACUUAUUUUCAGUGGAAUGAAUACGACAUAUGAUUUUUGUCAAUGGCUUUUUUCUGGAGAAAAUAAUGGAGCCACAGUGAUCUGUCACAAUUUCAAAGGAUAUGAUUCUUUUCCCAUUCUACAAUACCUGUACCAGAACGGUGUUCUCCCAAAGAUUGUUCCAAGUGGAGCAAAAAACAUGCAACAUACGUAUGAUUGA